AUCGUGUCCCAUCGCCGGACAGCCGUUUAAAUGAAUCUCUAAAACCGCUUUAAUCUCAGAACACUCGGGGUUUAUAUCCGAGUCUCUGUGUGUGGGAGUUCACCAGCAUCCAGCAUCGUAUCUUGUGGGAAACAGCAGAUCUGUCCCCUGCUUCUCUGAGCUUUUUGCUGGAAAGUUGCUCUCCUCUCCUGGCCCGCUGAAAGGCCAUUUUCCAACCGCAGUGCCAGAAAAGGACGCUGAGAAAGCCACAGUGUCAGACCUAACUGGACUCAAUGAGGGAGCCAGACCGGGAGGAGCAGACUGAAGACAACAUGCCCCCCAAGUUUAAACGACACCUCAACGACGACGAGGUCACGGGAUCCAUUCGCAGCGAGAGGAGGAACCUUCUGGAGGAGGACUCUGAUGAAGAGGAAGACUUUUUUCUGAGAGGGCCGACAGGACCAAGAUUUGGACCUCAGAAUGACAAAAUCAAGCAGGUGCAGUCGCAGGUCGAUGAGGUGAUCGACGUGAUGCAGGAGAACAUCUCCAAGGUGAUAGAGAGGGGCGAGCGGCUCGACGACCUGCAGGACAAGUCAGAGAGCCUAUCAGACAACGCGUCUGCCUUCAGUAGCCGAGCCAAACAGCUGCACAGGAGGAUGUGGUGGAGAGACAUGAAGAUGAAGAUGAUUAUUGCGUUGGUAGUUGUCGCUCUCCUGCUGAUUAUCAUCAUUCCAGUGAUCCUUCGAUUUCGCCAGUGACUGAUGAGGAGGAGAUGGGGGAGCCUUCCUCUUCAUCUUCUUUCUCUUUUUCCACCUUGCACACAGUCCUCCACUCCAGCUAGGGGGCGCCAGCCAGCUUCCCACCCCCUCUUCAGCGUCAGCCUGUGUACCCUCAAGGAUCUGGCCUCCACUUGCCCCUUAGUGCAGAUCUUAUAUUUGUAUUUCCACUUGAGUCUGCUGUAAGAUCAGCACUAAGGCUCAGUCUGAUCCCUGGCUUGAAACUAAGCUGCAGAAAGGGGACACAGGGGGAAAGAACUGGGGAGAUGUUUUAAUGCAGUUUAGGAGAAAAACGCUGACUCUCAGCCCUCUGGUCAAUGUGAAGGAGCGCUCCAUUCCAUGAUUCAUAGCACAGGAAGGGCACUGGCUUUGCUUUGACAACAAGGUCCUGCAUGUUACGUCACAUAGAUCCAUACUGUAAAAGCAGGGACUCCAUGCCACCUCUUAGUUUAGCUGGUCUGAAUCUCCUGCAGCAGAUGAACCUCUGAUGUCUACCCAUGAUUCCCUGUGUGCUCCGAGAACGGUUAAAGGGAACACUUCGUGAAUGAAAGCACAUUUUCUUCUGUCUAACAUCAGGCGCAGGAACAUCUGAGGUUAAUCUGUCUAAAAAUAAUCAUCAAAGAGGCUUUGAUUUCACUUUUCAGGUGUAUUUUUCUUCAUCAGCACAUGACUGGAAAGGGGACUAGAAAGGAAGCUCCAUGUGUUCAUACAACCACCUGCUUUUCUCGCGUAAAUCUCUACCGCUUGCUAUACAGUACACAAGGACCGUGCUGAACCAAAUCGGCCAGGUUAUGAAUGUCUCCUCGCCACUCUGUACGCUAAACCUCCUCGGUUGUGCUGAGCUCUGGGCCGCUUUGGUCACGGCUGUCCUACUUUUCCUACAUGACACUGUCUUCACCCUGCAGAUGGUUCCGUUCAAACACCGCUUCUGUCUUUCUCCCACUAUUUUAAUUUCUGCCGCUCGCUCAGUGUGAUGCUUUGUACGAAUGCUGGUAUUUCCCCCACAGGAGGGACAGUUUAUCUCCCUGUUCUGUUGCUUUUAGGGAGGAGGUCAUUUUUGUGCCGCAAGUUUAAAAAGUUGAGCAUAGGUGUAACUGUGUCUGGAUUAACUUUACAUUGCCAUCUUAUUGUUUUUAAUGUAAUUUAUUUUAGUUGUAAAUAUUGAUUCUGUAACGAUGAUGUACAAUACUCUGGCAUUGCAUUGGAAGACUGUGACCCUUUUUUUUUUGCUCUGAAAUAAAGUGAUUUUAAGAGGCA